AUGUGGUGGCCAAACAUCAGGAAUUUUGACCCGUCAAUCCUGACGGACGUGGUGAAGAGAAAGUUGUGCGAGUACAUCUUGAAGAGGAUUGGCUGUGAUUUUCUGAAGGAGAAGACCAUCAACAUGGAUCAGCUGACGGUGGAAAUGUACAAUGGCCGAGCUUCGUUGAGCAAUUUAGAACUGGAUGUUGUAUUAUAUGCAUCUAACAAUUCAGCAUUUAAUAAAAGCCUACAAAGAAGUGAUAGAUGUUUGAUAGUGUUGGAUGCUUCCUCGCCUUGGAGCAUCAUGUUUGCAGUGUCUGGUGCUCUGCUUCAAGCUAGGCAGAUGAUGAAGAAUAUUAAUGAUAUUCUGACAAAAAAUGGCCUGCCAAUAGAAGUUGUUGAAUGUUAUGUCGGAUGUAUCUCGGUGUCAAUACCUUGGCGUAGCAUCUUUUCGGAGAGUUCUAUCGUUGAAGUUGAAAAUGUUGAGGUAACGAUCAGACAUGCUGGCAGGGUGGAAUCUGAGCACAAUCUAAUUGACUCAAUGCUUUUCACGAGCAUGUCAACCAGCAUGAAACUGGCAGAGGAAUGUUUGAAGAAGGACACAGCUAGUGGCAACAAGUUGAACCAGAACAAUCCUUUUGAAGGUGUCCAGGAUCUUGCUUGUACUGUUGAGACAAUAUUUUCCAAGGUCAAAGCAAAUAUGAAAAACACCACGAUCUAUUAUGAGCAUACCGAUGAAGAGAGAAACAUAAUGGUCACUUUGGAGUUACGAAUAGACAGGAUUGAAUAUAAAGAUGAGUCAGGAAACGGUGAGAGAUCUGAUGCAUCCAGCAACGAAAAUUACAACAGCUCAAAUGAACCUCUCAGUGGAACCGGCAGUUCUGGUAAAGGAAAUAACAAGAGUGGGAAUGGGUUUCAUUCAACGCCAGCUGAAGAGAAGGAUGACGUAUCCAAAAAACGUAAUAUGUCAUCUAAAAGUGAUGGGAACUCAAGCACCAAAACAAAAUCUGGUCACAUGACGCUGAUCAGAAUAAAAAAUUUUAUUCUGACAGGCAUUAGACUGUAUUACUGCGAGACUCCUAUUGUUAAACAACUUGAAAGGUCAACCCAUGAAGACUGGAGCAAACACAAAAAUGACUAUUCCUCUUCCCUGAUCAUGAUGAUGGCUGGAACUCAAGAGUUCAAGGUUCAGUUCAUUCAAGAUUCAUCCAAAUUUGGACCCGAGAUUCAAGUAGAAAGCAGAUUGGGCAACCUUCACCUUGUCUUAUGCCCUGGCAUCCUUAGUACCAUCACCAACAUUCUCGAUAAAAUCAACGAAACGCCCAAGAGACAGAAGCGUUCUGGGCCACAAAGUAUGAAGAUUGUUGCUGAAGAAUAUGAAAAAAUCAGUAAAGGGUGGGAAAAACCGAUUGUAAGAAAUGUUGGAGGACUUGGAAAACAAACAUUUGAACAAUCAGAUGAAGAAGAAUUCAAAAGUUUGUGUUUCACUUCAUUCAGUAGCAAGUCUAAAUGGAACAAUACUGACGACGAUGACUCUUCUGAAUACCUCAGCAAUUCAGGCUUUUUUAGCAUGAAAAAUUCUUGCGCCAGUUCAGCCUCAGAUGACCAGCAACAAACUGGGAAUGAAGUUUUUGCAUCAACCAGCAUUAACGUUGAACUGAACUUGCUGUCUGUUGUUAUUUUGCAUGAGAAUCCCGGCCAUGCACAGCAACAGGCAACAACAAAAACUCACCGAACAUCUACAUUCGAUAUUGAUUGUCUGCACUCUUUCUCUGAUGGGUAUUUUCAUGCUGUUUCUGGUUUAUCUCUGAAGAACAUGAACGAUGUCGUGGACAUUAUGAAGGUCAGGCAGGAGUUUUCGAAGAUUGUUGCCCAAGACCAUCUUUGUUUAUUGUGCAGCGUGGGUGAAUUCAAGACGUCGAGACAAAAUAUCGAAAAGAGCUUCACAAUCUCCGUCAGCUUUGGUGCUUUUGAUUUUGUUGAAGCCAUAUUUGGGCGACCCGACGUUAUCGAUGAGGCGCCUGGACAUGCAAAUGAAGUUUUCAAUUUGAACUUCUUCAACCUGCCUGAUUAUACAGAGUUGUUGGUGUUUGAAAGGUCGUCGAAGGCACCAAUGACCAGAGUACCGAAGAGAGGUAUCUCCAAGGUUGAUCCUGUUGUUUCAAUCAAAAUGGAAGUCGUUCACAGGAAAAAGUAUCACAGUGUGUCCAAGGUGAAGCAGUCGAGCAUCAUGAUGACUGUCAAGUUAUCAGAAUGUCACUCCGAAGUUGACGUCACUAUUUUGGAUAGACUUCGUUCACUGACGACGUCAUUAUCAGCAUCGAACAAACAGACACCUCGCAAAAACAGCAAUGUACCUAUGGAUCAGUCGGUAAGUGGAAUGUUGUUAUCAUGUGACGACCUCUCCUUCAUGCAAGGCAACCAAGCAAGCAUUGAUGUUGCUGCAUCACUCUGGUCCUUAAAAUUAAGAUUUCCCAAAUUAGACUUGACAUUUUGUGAUAAGAAUAAAAGGAAAGCAAUGGGAAGCGAGAGGAGGCUUCAUGAGGAAUAUUUAUUGAUCGAUCUGGUUGAGCCCAAGUUGAAAGCAGCAUCCAGUAGUGAGCAGGUUUUCGUAGACCUCGUCACAAUGACUGGCAUUGCCUCUCUGGUGCAGAACAACACGAAGCAUACUCUUUUGAAAAUAAGCAGUGAUUCGACUUUGGAGGAACAAAGGGAAGGGUUUAACCUGCCGAGGCGAAUAAAGGAAACAGUUAGUCGACUUGAAUCUACAAAUACGAGAUUUGAGGUGAGGAGAACAAAUUUCGCGGCCAACAGCACGCUUCUCGUCGAGAGUGACAACAAAGUUUUGGACUCGAGAUUGCUGGGGUCCAUGGGGCCCUCCUACUACUGCGGCGUCCAAGAUGUCGACCAGGCCCCUUUCUCAUCAGUCAAGCACUACUUUGACACCGAAGAGCUUGUCUACUCAGGCGACAGAAAGGACAUGUUAUAUUUUAAAGAUGUAGUCAGCGAUAAAACGAAAUUGCUUGUAGACAUAAACGUGCCACUUGUCCAAAUUUUCAUCAACACCAAAAACACACUGGAGCUGUUGUACAACAGGUUUUUAAGUGAUUUGGCUCUUUGGCAGCCUGAACCAGAAUCGCCAACAUCAUCUCCAGUGGUAUUGCAUGACAGCUGCACUAACAAUUGGGCGACNUACAGUCUCAUCAACCCAUACAACACCACCUACGACUUUUCUGGAGACCAGUUCAACAAUACAGAUUCAAGUUCAGAAUCAGAGGGGGAGCGCAAUGAAGGUUUCAAAAGGCCAACAAAAAUAAACGAUGAAACCAUUUUGUGCUUAUCUGUGGCAUUCAAAAAAGCUCAACUCGUUGCCUAUUGUGCAGAUGCCAGGCCAGCAUCACCAGCUGCUCCCUCGACGACCUCCUCCACUCAAACAUCUAAUUUGAAACAAGUUGGAAAAGUCUACAUUGACCUGGACGAUACACACAUUGUUUUUGUUUACGGUUACCAUGGCGAUCCUGAGAUACAGUAUCUUUGUCUACAAGUUUGCAAUGCUCAACUCUAUCAUAAUGGUCUGCUCCCAGUGAAGAGCAACAAGCUGUCCACCUUUGAAGAUGAGUUCUCUCCAACCAACAUCUCUCACAACCUCCAUAAAAUCCUCUACCCCAGCAACAAUGGCAUCAAAGAUAAAGGGUCAAACGAUAUGCUGUCGGCCACCAUCAAGAUGACCUACGAAACCUUCCAACAAGUUAUGCAUUACAAAGUGGCAGUAACAGUGAGGUGUUGCACUGUGAAGCACCACGAAGGAACUGUUGAGAACUACUGGGCCAACCAGCUGGCUGACCUUUUUACAUUGGUUGAUUAUGACAUACCUGGAUAUGAGUUACCAAAAUCAUCAACUGAGUUGAACUUUCAGCUGUUGGAUUGCUCUCUUGAUUACCAGCCAACCAACUUGCCUUACCAUGCCAUCCUUUAUUGUCAGAUGUUUGCAAUAUGCAGCAGUAUCGUUGUUGAAACGAAGGGCUCAGUGACCAAAUUCAUCGUUGAAGACACUUGCCUCUUUUUGUCAAAAAGAAUAAACGAAGAAGUUAUAAACUUAGAAAAAAAUUACGUCUGCGUGCUUGACCUUGC